UUAAACAUCAAGGAAGAAGAAGAAGAAGCCCAUCAGAUAAUGGCAAAAUCAAUGGUUUAUAAAGGAAAUGUUGAGUAGAAAAGACGCGAAGAGGACGAAAAAAGAAAUUCGCAGAGCUUUAGAGAUCUGAAUUCAAUUUAACACAUCAAAAGUUGAACAGCAUGGAACUUGCUAAUGACCCACUCUGUGAACCAUCUGCUCCUGAAGCAAAUCUGCACAAUGAGCAGCUUUCACUUUCAGACCGCCUGUCUCCUGUGGAAGCACCAUUAGAUAGUAUUGUACAUGGAAUAGAGGCUACAGAGGGCACAGAACGAAACAGUGGCCUUGAGUUGAAGCUGGGCCUCUAUGUCCCGGCACCACCAAUAAUAGAGCCUGUUACCCCUGUAGAGGAAACAGUGGAGCAUUGUGCACUUCCUGCAGCAACAGAAGAGGACAGCACACAACCUGAAGCCGUUAAAGAGGGGUGUUCAGAUGAAACUGCCAACUUUGAAGGCUUUCACUGCAAAAAUCAGACAAGUCUGGCUGAGUCGAGUUCGAAUACUGUGACAGAAGUGGGAUGUGAGCAUGCAUCCAAUGAAACAAGCUCAUCAGACUGUAUGGCUGCAAGUUGUAUGCCUGUAGAGCCCAUAAGCUCAAAUGAAACACCAAAAACUUGUGCCAAUAUUAAAUCAUCAACUGGAAGUACAGUAGACGAUGCCGACAGAAAGAACAUCCCUCCAAAGAAGGACAAAUUUAACCCUUUGAAACUUGACAUGGCCAAAGUAAUACCUCUCACCUCAUACCAGCUCUCACUGCAGUGCAUAGAAUGUCACAUCAUCUUCAGUGACUCCAAAAGCAAAGAACGGCACCUUAAAAUGAGCCACCCUGCAGAAUAUCAGCAAUGCAUGCUGGGAGAUGCUCUCUUUACUUGCUAUGUUUGUGAUCAGCAUUUCACCACCUCCACAGAGCUUAUGGCCCAUCAACGCACACACACGGGUAACGAGCGGUUUAAGUGCCCGUUUUGUAGUGAAGCCUUCUACCGAUCCUGUGAACUAACAAGUCACAAAAAAAAAUGUCACUUCAGCAAACAUGGAUACACCUGCUCAGAGUGUGGCAAGCCUUUCAAAACCUUUACUUUGCUCAGAUACCACCAACGGGUACACACAGAGGAAAAGCCUUUUGUUUGCAUGUACAAACAAUGUGGUAGAAAGUUUUCUGCAUCCAAGUCUCUUCAGCACCACUUAGAAAAACAUCAGAAAGAAGAUAACCAGACAAAUGCUUCAACCACCACAAAGAAAAAGAGGGAUAAAGGAAAAAAUGAGCGGAAAUUCCCAUGCUCACAGUGUGCUGCAGUCUUCAAGACUUCUAAAGCACAACUUCUUCACAUCAGAAAUAAACACUCUCAAGAGUCACAAAGUAGCACUGUGAUGGUGCCACAACUAAAAGCACCUGGACCUGCUCUGACACAGCCCGCAAAUGGACAACCACAGACUCUGAUCAUGGAAACUGUCGGACCAGCACCACAUCAAAUGGAUAAGCUGGAUCCUGAGCAAAUUAAAAGGCUAAUUGAGAAACUUGGAAAUGUGCAGAAAGUGAAUCAGUUGGUUAUAUUGCCUUUGCAGCCACAAAGCUUUGGGUCACCCCAUCCACAGCCAUUAAUGCAACCAUUGCAUGUGAAUUUUACUCAAUCAGCCAUUCAGCCAACACAAUGUGAGAAAUCUGACACAGACUCGUCAAAAACAGAGCAAAUUAACCUUCAGUUGCCAGCAGAAAUUGGAGAUAUGCAACAAAAGGUUCUGUCACAAGAGGAAAAAAUUAGUUCAUCAGAAAACUCAGAGACCCAAUUAACAGCUGUUGAACUGACACAAACAGAAGUCCAAACGCAAAUGGAUGAAAUUCACCUUGAACUUAUACCGAUACAGACUGAAACUUCUGUUUUGCUGGAUCAAACACCUUUACAGGUUGAAGCACCACAGAAUGAUUCUGUUAAUGAGAUGGCACAAAUAGCAGAGGAACAUAUUCCAUUCACACAAGGCAUUACAGCGUUGGAAACAAACAAUGAACUACCUUUAAUUCCUCAACCAGAAACUGCAAAGUCUCAUCAUGUGGAGGAGGACAAUGUGCCAGUUGACACAGUAGCAUUAGAGGAAACGGUUACCAAUGUAGAGAUGCCAUGUCCUGCACAAAUGCUAGAUUCAACAGAAUUGUCAGUGGAAUCUGAGUCACUGGUGGUAAUUGAACAGGGUGAUAUAGUCAAAUUAAGUGAACCUCAAGAACUUCAGGAAAUCCAAGCUCAAAAGGACCAAGCUAAAUCAGAGAAAGAACCAUCCUUGCCAAUGGAACCACAAUCUCAGCCUGAUUCUCUCAACAGUGUGCAGAAUGACAACGUAAUUGACCUUCAACAAAGCUCUGUGCUUACACAAGACCAGACUAGAGCCAGCUUACAGGAUUUCCCUUUUGUUCAGAAGAAACUUCCAACAAAGAAAAAAAGAUCUAAGAAACAAUUGGCUGACAAAAUAGAGACUAAGGAAGCAAGUACAGUAUGUGAUUGUCAGGUAGCAUCAACCAAGAAAGUUAAUACUUCAUCAAAAGUAAUGACUAAAAAAAGAGAAAAGGCAAAGAACAAAAAGCUUGUUGUCAAAUUUGGACCAAGUGAGAAGAAAAAAUCCUCUAAACCGAAGGUAAUAAAAACAUCAAAAACCAAACAAAACCAGAACCAGCAAAUUAGUGAUCAAGACAAAGUUCCUAUAUUGUCUCAGCAUGACAAUAAACUGAAUUUAAACCAAAAAGAUCAAAAAGGAAAGGAGGUUGAAAGUCCUUCAGAAGCAGAAGUGAAGACAACUCUCACUAAUUCAUCAGACACUGUUUUGGCAGAACCAGAAGCAACACAACAAGUGAAACCCCAGAAGAGAAAAAUGAAGAAUCAAAACAAUUUGGACAAGAAGGCAAACUCUGUCCAGGAGGCUCACCAAGAUGAAGCACUGGUACCUGUACGAAAGAAAAAGAAGCAGGGAAAAAAAUCUGAAGAGAAAUGUCCCAAGAAACCCAAGGUUAGGAAGAAGAAUAACCACAAAUUACCCAAGCAUAAAGUUACACAGGGUAAAUCUAGCCAUGAUGUUACAGACCUGGCUCACAUAGAGAAACAAGCUUUGCUCUUAUUAAAAGGCCACAAGCAGCCUCAGCUGAAGGUGCAUAAGUUGGAUGCUACUGAACUCGAGAAAUCACCCCCAAGCAAGUGUGAUAAGGUACUGAAAAAAACAAAAAGUGCACCGAUCAAAUCCUUGAAUAUAGCACACCAAAAGAAAACAAAAUCAGGUGAAAAUAAUUUGUUGGAGUAUCAGGGAGAGCCCCUUUUAUUUGAAAUGCCCUCUGUUGAGAACAGCCCUGGUUCUGUGUCUACAAAGCCCAAAAUUGUACGGAAACGCAAAGCUCCUACAAAGAUAGACCAGGAAAUUGCCUUGAGCCCCCCGUAUUCUCAACUUACUCUUGGGUGCCAGGACUGUGGAAAGAUGUUCUCAGAAGUGUCUGCUUUACAGGAACACAUGGCAUCCUGGCACUCAGCUGGAAAGGUGGCCUUCCCAGAUGAGACAUUUGAUGUUGCUAAAAAACGAGUCAUAAGACCUGGUCCUAAUGAAAAAUGCAUUUUACCUAAUGUCUUUGAAAUUCAGGUUGCAACAGAUUGGGACAUGGAGACUGAGGUGGGGGAGAUUGUGGGAGAAAGACUGUCAUUCCCAGCGUUAAGUCCGUCUCCUUCUUUGACACUUGCUUCUGGUGGUGUUGAAGGAAAGGAACAAGGAGGAGUCAAAGAUUUUGAAGGAAUUGUUUCUGGACUUGAGCAGCCUCCUGAGCAAAAUCCUUUAGAAGUUUGCGAGAUUCCCUCCCAGGCUUCAACCCUAGCCUUAGGCAAAAGUAUUGUGACCCAGGAGCACACAAAAAAUACUAGUGAGAAUGGGUCAGAAAAAGCACAGAGUAAUGGGGUCAGGUCUAUCACAGAAACAUCUUGCGCUGAACUCAAAGAUGCAGCGGAGGAAGAAAUUAAAGAAGAACUUCCUUCAGAUGUUAAUUUAGUCAUGGUUGGUGAAAAAAAUGUGGAAGAGAACCAUAACACUCAGAUAAAUAAUGUUUCAGGUGACUCUCAAGAGCUUAAAAAUGAAGUGCGCAAUCUAGGUUCUCAGGCUCACGAGUCUGCAAAAGAUGCCAGUGUAAUAUUGACUCAAAAUGUUCUUACUGAACCAGAGAUAAAGCAAGAAGAAGAGGAGGUACUUGUACGUAGAGUUGAUGAUCAUAAAAGAGUGAUGGGAGAAAAUUCUGCAACAAGAGGUAAGAAAGGAGUUGGAAAAAGCCGUAGCAAGAGACCGCUUGGAAGAAGAACUAGCACAGAAAACAGAAGUAAAAAGGACAUUGAAGGAAAUAAGGAUCCACAAGAAUGCCACGUUCUCUAUCAUCUGUGUAUACUUGAUACUCUGGAGGGAAAGAACAAAGAAAAGGACAAGAAUGGAGUUAAUGCCUCUGAAACUUGUCAACCAUUGUCUUCUGAGGAGGCUCCUGAGGAACAGGUUGUUUUUGAGUUGGAUUCUGUUACCACAAGUGUAAUGGAUAUUGUAAACUCUGGAGACAGUUCGUUUGAAGAAUCUAGAGAGCUGGUUCGAGACGGCAGCUCACCUGGAAUCAUACUGGAAAAAUUCUUGACUGCUCGGGAGAGAAAUAUGGAAAAUCCAAACACCCAAAGUCGGAUUAGGGCAAACUCCUCGUUGGAUACCAGUAAAGUGACUUCAGCUAACACAUCAGCUGACGUGAAAAUAGAAGAACGUUCUUCAAAUCUGGCUCACCACAGUCUGAUUUCUUCUGAGAGUGGUGCAAUGCGUGGAGUACAAAUGUUUUUUGUCAAAGCGGAAGACCACUUGACUACAAAUGAGAUGUUUCAGGCACUCCAGCCUGUGGAUCAUCAACGCGUUACAUGUCAAGAUAAGACCAAUUAUACGAACAGAGAUGGCACCUCCUCGGACUCUCAUGUAGUACCCCUGCAGUCCUUCAGCAAGCAAUGUAUAUUUUAUCCUGUUAAGGAGGAAGAGAGGGAACAUUUAAUGGAGCCUUCUCAAGCGGAUCAGACAUUUUUGAAUUCGGGGGAACUUGCAGGGACUUCAUCUGGAAUUGAAGAAUGUGAGGAAGUCAGGGUGGGUUCGGUACAAAUGGACAUGCAACAUCUAUACACAACAUCUGAAGAGGGUGAUGUUAGUGCUGAACAGCAGAGAACUCGAGGCUUUUUAGAAUUCCUUUCGGAGAAUUCAGACACGGAUGAUGCCGAUAAUGUCCACUCUGAACCAGAAGCUGAAACCAUUGUGAUGUCCUGUUACCAUGGAAUACAGAGUAAUGGUACAGUACAUCAAAAUGGUGUAGAGAGAUGUAGUCCAAGUGGCAGAACAAACGUGGGUGCCUCUCCAACAAGGCACACAGAACCAGAGAGGCAGCUCAACUGGAAGCCCAUUAACUACUUCAAUCAGUAUUUUAGUUUGGACACGUGGAAUGAAAUUGCUGUUUGCACAAGGGAAACAUCAAAACUGCCGAACCUUGUUACAGAAAAAGAGGUUGCACAGUAUGUGGGAAUCCACAUUGCAAUGGGAACUCUGAAGUUUCCAAGCACAAAGCUCUACUGGGAAGAUUGCACACGAGUACCUCUGAUCUCUGAUACCAUGUCGGCUUCAAAAUUCUGUGAGCUUACUCGUAAAGUGAAGCUGGCCAGUUCUGGUGGAGCUUCUGCGGGGACGAGUAGCGAUCAGCAGUCUGAAGAAAGGAAUAGAGACCAGCCAGAACAGAGUAAUGAAGCUCACAGUAAUGAGGCACAUAAUUGCACAAACUUAAAGACAGAUCCUUUGUGGAAGGUAAUGCCGUUGAUAAGAAGAGUUCAAGACUGUUGUCGGGCACUGAAGCGACAUGGAAACUAUGGGGUCGACCAGUACCCCCUUCCUUUUCAAAGACGCCCAACCCAUUCAUUACUUCACACAGUUGUCAUAAAUGGUGGAGGGUUGGUUGUGGACUUCAUCUUGAGUGUAGAUGACUCCAAUAGAGAAGAUGUAGUUGAGAAAAUGGUCUCUAGAGGUAAGGAGAGAAACGAAGGGAUGGUGUUUCUUUGCAAACCAGAGCUUUCUACACCUUCUAUGCUAGAGCAUCUUUUAGCGGCUGGUGUGCAAAGCGCUGGCAAGGUUGGUGGGGCAAGAGGGCAAAUAGGUGAUGAGUUUGUGAGCUCGGAUGGAAAACUCAAGCUUUUCAGAUGUCAUCAUGGCUUUAUCCUUUCGGCAGUGGUAAAGGAAAAACCUCGUUCAACAUCUCUUGUCAGUGGCUUCGAGCGAGCAAUUAAGGCUGCAAAUCUUAACCGUGACUUGAGAAGUCUUUAUCGCACACCCUGCACAAACUCGGCAGUCAGUGCUUGGCCGCAGUCUGUUCUCUGGGACUUGAUCGAUCUGGUUUUAGUAAAUGCAUGGAUACAGUACAAGCAAGAUUACAGUCAUAUUACAGAUCUGUUAUCACUUAUGGCAUUUCGUUUGGAGGUGGCCAAAGCAUUGAUUCUCUCCAGUGGUGUUGACGCACAAGACUCAUCACCUCCCUGCCCUCCUGCUUCAAAACUACACAGUCCAGAUACAAACUCGAGACCUUCUCAGGUUCUUGAGACCCCUUUGCCUGAUGAACAUACACGGUAUGAUGGCUUUGGACACUGGCCAGAGCAGCUGGCAGAGGGGGAGGAGGCCAGGAGGUGUCGAUUCGGGGGCUGUGAGAGGACAUCACGUGUGCGGUGUCUUAAAUGCUGUGUGUUCCUGUGCAUUUCUCGAAACCACAACUGCUUCCUGAAGUUUCACAGUCAGGGGUCUUCAUGAGGCAUACAGACUGUGCCCAUUUUAACUUAAACUUUUACUCAUUUACUUAAAUAAGAUGGUUAAUCAUUAAGUUAUUGCUCAUCUUGACUCAAAACAAAUCCUGAACCAUCCAUAUCUAUUUUUGUCCAGGUUUUGUACUUGUGCAAAUACUCAAAUAAGCCCAUUUGGAUGUAUAAUGAAUGUUAUAUUGUGAUUGUUAUAUUUUCUUUUUAUGUUGAUACUGAAAUGUUAUUGUAUUUUAAACCUAGCAAACAUUAGAACGUGUCCCAUGCAUUGUUUGGUUUCUAUUUCCUAAAAGGAAAAGUUAAUUUUAGAAUGUUAUGUUUGAUUCCAGCUCA